AUGUACGGGCAACAGUUUGUGUCGAAUCAAGUGUACGGGCAACCGGGCAUGAUGUCGUACCCAUCUGGCAUGCUCCAGCCACAGGUUGCUUCAAACAUGUCCGGGACUAUGAUUCCUAAUUAUUAUUCACGGCAAAUGUACCAUGGAGCAUUUCAGCAAUCCAUGUCUGCUUCUCUUAUGACUCCGUCGAAACAGUCGUUCCCGACGCAACCAAUGCAACAAAGCCAACAAAACAGUACUCAUUCUUCUCGCUCCAUGCGGGGUCGCAACAACGAGAUUGGAGACAUCAGCAGCGUCAUUCACAUGAGAAACGUCACACCCGAGGUAACGCAACUUAGCAUUCAGAAUUUUGCUGCUAACUUUGGUAACAUUAAGCAUAUUGUGAUGCUUCGCCAAAUGAACCAAGCUCUGGUGGAAAUGGAAAGCAAAAAAUCAGCACAGCAGCUGGUGGAUUUUUUUAAAGAUCCUGGUUACGUCGAGGUUGAUGGUCGUCGCGUAUAUAUACGAUACAGCAAUCACCAGAGCCUCACUUCUACUCAGCAAAUCAGCCGCACACUCCUGGUGUCCAUGUUUAAUACGCACUAUGACGUUUCCUCAGCUGCUCAGAUCACUCCAGAAAUUGUCUACCAGAUUUUCUCGAGCUACGGCACCGUGCAGAGGAUAGUAGUGCUACCUAAGAAUGAGUCUAGUCAAUGGAAUUACAAUCGCAUUCAAGCACUUGUCCAAUUUGAUAAUCGUGAAAGUGCCGAGCAUGUGAAAAAUAUUCUACAGGGACAACCUGUUACAUUAGCGGACACUAUAACUUUCAUGUUGGAUAUUCAGUUCUCCCGUAUGGAUGAAAUCAAAACUACCAAUCCGAUGACCUCGAUUGUAGUGGAUGAAAAUGGAAUAGCACAGCGCCCACUACUACAGCAAACAUCUUCGCAAACGUCGAAUGUAGCGGGAAGAGCAGGCGGUAUAUAUGUCGGGUCACCGGCGCAACAGUGGAAUUAG